AGCGCGGGCGGCUCCCGUCCUCUUCCGUCCCCCCCCCUCCCUUCCUUCUCCUCCUCCGCCCCCACCCUUCCCCGCCCCAGUCCGGCGGGACGCGGGCAGGAGCCGCGGGCGACUGAGGUACCGGCCCGGUUCAUGAGCGGCGGCCGGAAGGGCAGAAUUUACAUGUUUGACAGCAGAAGUUGGCUUUCUACUGUAGUGAGAGAAAAUAUUUCUGAUUGUUUCAGAGGUGGCAGUGGAGAACACAUUUAGCACAGGAAAAUGAGUGAGCUUGACCAGUUACGCCAGGAGGCUGAGCAACUGAAAAACCAAAUCAGAGAUGCUAGGAAAGCAUGUGCGGAUGCCACCCUGGCUCAGAUCACAGCCAAUAUUGACCCAGUGGGAAGAAUUCAAAUGCGCACUAGAAGAACGCUCCGGGGACACCUGGCUAAAAUUUAUGCAAUGCACUGGGGGACUGAUUCCAGGCUUCUAGUUAGUGCCUCCCAGGAUGGUAAACUUAUAAUCUGGGACAGCUAUACUACAAACAAGGUGCAUGCCAUUCCCCUGCGUUCAUCUUGGGUCAUGACUUGUGCAUAUGCUCCUUCUGGUAAUUAUGUGGCUUGUGGUGGUCUCGAUAACAUCUGUUCCAUUUAUAACUUGAAAACUCGUGAAGGGAAUGUACGUGUCAGCCGUGAACUAGCUGGUCACACAGGAUACUUGUCGUGCUGUCGCUUCUUGGAUGAUAACCAAAUCGUCACCAGCUCUGGUGACACCACCUGUGCUCUCUGGGACAUAGAAACUGGUCAGCAGACAACUACGUUUACUGGGCACACUGGAGAUGUCAUGAGUUUGUCUCUUGCUCCUGAUGCCCGGUGUUUUGUUUCUGGUGCCUGUGAUGCCUCUGCCAAACUGUGGGAUGUUAGAGAAGGAAUGUGUCGGCAAACCUUCACCGGCCAUGAGUCGGACAUCAAUGCCAUCUGUUUCUUCCCAAAUGGCAAUGCGUUUGCCACAGGCUCAGAUGAUGCUACAUGCAGGCUUUUUGAUCUCCGGGCUGAUCAGGAACUUAUGGUUUAUUCACACGAUAACAUCAUUUGUGGCAUCACCUCUGUAGCAUUUUCCAAGAGUGGACGUCUCCUCUUAGCUGGUUAUGAUGACUUCAACUGCAAUGUCUGGGACACGCUGAAAGCUGAUAGAGCAGGUGUCCUUGCUGGUCACGAUAACCGUGUCAGUUGCUUAGGUGUGACUGAUGAUGGUAUGGCAGUGGCAACAGGAUCAUGGGACAGCUUCCUCAAGAUCUGGAACUGAAGUAGAGAGAGGUGGACUCCAUGACUGGAAGAAGUUUCCAACAGUUGAAAUUUAAAAAUGAUAGCAUAUCCAAUCCAACCAUACUAACUUGGACCCCCAUCCUCCCAACUUCAAAGGGCAAGAUCUUUUCCAUCUCCUGUUGCUGAAAUGAAGAGCACAAUUACCUUUCCAAGAAGAAUUUUUGUGUUGUAAGCAAAAUGAAAUUGUGCAUUCCUUCUGGGACCAUUUUUUUUCUUUUCUUUUCUGUCUUGAGAAUUAAAAAAUGAAACACUAUCAUAAAAGCAUGACCAGAAAAUAAACUUGAGCAUAAUUGUGAAACAGUUAGCUUUCACUGUAGUUUCCAAGUUGAGGUUAAGGACUUUUAUCUUACACACUUGCAAAUUUUAAAGUCAUGUUUGUAGCAGGAUUGUUUUUUUUUUCCCAAGUUUCCUUUUUAAAUACAUUUCAAGUAUUGAAUUGAGCAAACCAAGGGAGUCCUCGCCCAAAGCAUCUGGGGGUUGUUAACACUGUAAAUUUAGUCCCGAUUUUUUUUUCCUAGUGUCACAGAUAAUUGUUGCACAAAACUUGGCAUAUAUAGGAUAUUGUUAAGCAGUAAGGUAACCAAGCACAUGCUGUAAAAGGUAAUGAAUGCUUGUUUAAAGAAUCCUUUCACCUUUUAUGGAUAGCAAAUGCAAUCCUUGGUCCCUCCUGUGCCCCCCCCCCCUUUUUUUUAUCUGUUUUGGAUUUGUCCACUGGAAAGGGCAGUUUAUAUAUCCUUAACACUAUCCUAUAAGUCUCAUCAACCAGGAAUCUCUGUUUUCAAAAGAGACCUAUCCUACACCUGGGUAUUAAGUCAAUUCUUUGUGUAUGAAAUGAUGUACAAAUCAAUGUUUUGAAAAUAAUGAUCUUGAACUUUCUAAGUUAAACAGGAAAAAAAACCUUUUUUGAUUGUUUGCCAUAUUGGGUGGGUUUACUCUUAGAAUCGCAUGCUGUAGAAAUGCUAAAAAGUGCAUAUUGGACUAAGUCCCUAGAUGUUUUUUCUUUGAAGAAAUAACCUGUUUAAAAACUGUAACCAUUGUCGCUGUAUUCAUUUAUUGUUGCUACUCUGUGCAUAAGUCUCUGAAGAACUCAAGUACAAGCUAUGCACGUUUUGGAGUAGCGUGAUAAGUCACUUUUUUUUUCUUUUCUUUUCUUUUCUUUUUUUUCUUUUUUUUUUUAGAUUUUUAUUUUAAGGAAAUGGCCUGUUCAAACAAUCGCUGUCAAAGAUUCUGGGGUGUGGGAGGAGGGAACUCAGACCAUCUUCUUUAUAAAUGAGAUCCUCACAGCCAGUUCCUCUUGUAGGAGGAGUCCUUUGCAUCUGAUCAGAGUCAUUUUUGUAAUGAGCAGGUUUUCCUGGCUUUCUUUUCAAAUAAAACGUUAAAAGCAGCAGUGUUUGGACAGCAGAUUGUUCUGUUAAACUUUCCUAUCUUCUCACUGUAUCCAGAAAUGCUCCUUCCUAGCAGCAGUAGUAGCUUUUCUCCAUUUUGUUUUUUCUGCAACAUUCUGUACAAAAAUGUGCUGUAAUUGUGCGUUAGGCCUGGAUUUGGCAUAAAAGAUGAAUUCCCUCUUACUCUCUUUCAUGAAACUACUCUGUAGAGCUUUCUCCACGCCCUGUAUCCCUCUUCACCUUUUGUAUUUAAUUUUAAAGUCAGUGUACUUCAAGAAAGCUGGAUGCAAGAUAGAUACUAUAUUAAAAUGUAAUGUUAUUUAAGAUGUAAUAAAGCAGUUUGACAUGA